AUGCAGCCCGAUCCUCUCAAAGGGCCUCUGUGCACCAGACCCUCUUUCACCAACGACCUACAAAACCUCGGUCUCAAGCGAGGAGACACCGUACUCAUCCACAGCUCUCUAAGCAAGAUAGGUUGGAUUAACGGUGGAGCUGAAGCACUCACCCAAUCUCUUCUCGACGUCCUCACUUCCCAAGGAACUCUUGUUGUUCCCACGCAAACCAGCAGCAAUUCAGAUCCAGCAGGAUGGAUCGCUCCGCCUGUGCCAGAAGAAUGGUGGCAAACCAUCCGCGAUACCAGGCCUGCAUAUGACCCUAGAACCACCAGGACCGAGAGGAUGGGAGCUUUGGCGGAGAUGGUCAGGACCUGGCCAGGUGCAGUGAGAAGUAUGCAUCCGCAAACCUCUUUCAGCGCAAUUGGCACGAGAGCGGAGUUCAUCACUGAGGGACAUGCCCUGGAUAGCAUGCUUGGGGAGAAUAGUCCUCUGGCGCGAUUGGAAGAUCUUGAUGCAAAGGUUCUGCUCCUAGGUGUUGGUUUCGGCUCCUGUACCUGCUUUCACCUAGCCGAGUAUCGGACUGAGAUGUCGAAAGUUGUUACAUCGUUCGCUGUCAUGGAAGAUGGCGCGAGAAAAUGGAAGACUGUGUCGGAUGUCUCGGUGAAUGACGAAGACUUUGUGGAGUUAGGGGACGACUUUCUUAAGACAUGCUCUGUAAGAAAAGGCAAGAUUGGCGCAGCAGACUGCUAUCUGUUUUCGCUGUCCGAGGCGGUCAAGUUUGCUGAGAAAUGGUUGAUUUCCUAUCGGUGCAAGAAAACGUAG